AAAAACGAAAUAAAGCAUAAAGAAGAUUUCCUAUUAAGAGUCUGAGCUUUUGCUCGCUUCAUAAUGGACUUGUCUUUUGGAGGAAUCAUAAUACAUUCACAACAUGACGUUCAAAACGACCCAUUUUCUUUAAUUUCGUGCAGAUUCGCUAUUCCUUCAAUUCCUAGAAAGUACUCAAUCCUUCAAACUAUCUUCUCUUGCCUUUUCACUUUUUCCUUUGAUUCAUUAAUCCACUAAGCCUCAUCCCAUAUCGUUAAGUGUCUUUACCAGAUCAUGAAAUCGGUCUGCUAUUUUCUUUAUGAAUGCCAAAAGUUUAGUGGUACCUUGCUUUUCCAAUAGCAAGCCGAGAAACCGCAGUAUGACGUUGUGUACCAUUAUUACCGUACCUUAAUUGUUUAUCGUCGUGAGCAAGGCUUUGGAACUUGCAGUCUUCCAAACACCCCUCUCACCUUGGAUCAAGAAAAACCAGAACUUUACAACUUGCUUGUACGAAAAUUGAUAAAAAAAAUAGCAGCCUAAACCGUUGUAUGCUCAAGUUUCUUUCAAGUUUCUAAAAAAACCAAGACGGACCUUGUUUUACCACGAAAGCUUGGUUGAAACUGGAUUAAUAUUAUCGUUACGAAGUAUUAUUUGAUACUGUCAUUUUUUUUGCUCUAUAUACCUCACUUUCUUUUCCUGAGACGCUGUAUUUUGUAGAAGAAAAAAAAUGGCUUAUUCUUUGAAAUUACGACCUCAAACCGCGCUUAAAUUAGCGAAAAGGUCAGGAUGGCAGUCAAAUGCUGUCUUGCUCCGCCGCUCAUUCCAAUCUUCAGCUGCGAUCCGCGCCAACGAGAAGCCUCCCAUGCAAAGAUCCAGUAUGGGAUCCCGCUUGUUUGAAGUAAUGGAGGUGGCCUCAAGUCUUUCUUUAUUGACGGGUGUUGCUUUUUUGCAAUCCCUUCGUGGUGUAGUCCCUUCUUCCAAUGCUAUUGUUGCUUCAGGCGCUCCAAAAAGGACUCUUGUCGUUUUAGGAUCCGGUUGGGGUGCAAUUUCCAUUAUAAAGAACAUAGAUACCUCUCUGUACAAUGUAGUUGUCGUUAGUCCUCGCGACCAUUUCCUUUUCACUCCCAUGCUUCCCUCUUGUACGGUCGGUACCUUACGCUUGACCAGUAUUACCGAACCGUUAGUAUCUCUUUUACAGGACAAACUUUCUCCCACUGCGAUACAUCAAGCCGAAUGCUCAUCUAUUGAUUCUAAGGCUAAAAAACUUGUUAUUCGUGGUACUACUACUGCCAAUAAGGACGUGGAAACUGAACUUCCUUAUGACGAUAUGGUAAUUGCUAUCGGUGCCACUAAUCAAUACUUUGGACUCAAAGGUGUGAAGGAACAUGGCUGUUUCUUAAAGGAGGCUGAAGAUGCCAAAAAGAUUUUCACAAAGGUUUCAGAUACCUUGGAGCAAGUGCGUUUUAACAAAAACCUGACACCUGAGGAGCGUUCACGUCUUUUGCACUUUACUGUAGUCGGUGGUGGUCCCACUGGUAUGGAAUUUGCUGCUGAAAUGCGCGAUUACAUUGACGGUGAUGUCCGUAGAAUGUUUCCUGAACUUUACAAGGAAGUUCGUAUCACACUUAUUGAAGCUGCUCCCAAGGUCUUGCCUAUGUUUUCCAAGCAAUUAGUUCAGUACACGCAAAACCUUUUCAAAGACAUUCGCAUCAAUAUUAUGACAGAAGCUCUUGUUAAGGAUGUGAACGAAAAGGAAUUGAUCAUUCAAAAAACCAACGCAGAUGGUUCUAAGACCAUUGAGAACAUUCCUUAUGGACUUUUGGUCUGGGCUGCUGGUAUAACUGCCCGUGACUUGACUCGUCAAUUAAUGUCUUCCAUUCCCGAACAAAGUGGUGCUCGUAGAGGAUUGAUCAUUGAUGAAUUCUUCCGUGUUAAGGGCAUGCCUGAUGUGUAUGCCAUUGGAGACUGUGCUUUCUCAGGAUUGCCUGCUACUGCUCAAGUCGCUCAUCAGCAGGGUGACUGGUUAGCUGCUAAUCUUAACAGGUCCGGAAAGGCUACUGCUUUGAAGCAUAGACUUGAGGUCAUGGAAAAGCAGCUUGGCGAGAAGAAGGCCGAAAAAGAAUUCUCCGUUAUGAAGCAAGAGCUUGCUAACACUCAAUUGAAGCCUUUCCAAUACAAACACCAGGGUGCCUUGGCUUAUGUCGGGCAUGAUAAGGCCAUUGCUGAUCUCAACGUUCCAUAUCUCAAUAAAGUACUUUCUUUGCAUGGUACUUGGGGAAAUACCUUUUGGCGACUUGCUUAUUUGAACGAAUUGGUUUCCGGUCGCUCUCAAUUUUUGGUUCUAUUCGACUGGCUCAAAGCAAGACUCUUUGGACGUUUUGAUGCAAAGAUUUAAGACUUUAUGAAAGACCAACACCUAUAUACCCCCUUGAUAGUCAUAAAGGGAUAGGCUAUUUGCGUUGCCAUCCUUAUCAAUGUAUUUUCAUGAAGAAAAGCUGCAAUUCAUGAGUAUUACAAUAUUAUUUUCGUCUGUAACUUUAUAUUUCUGUCACGGGAGAAAUCUCACACGUUAUGAGAAUGUAAAUCGAGUGGAAG